UGUUCCGAAGCACUGACCCGCUGCAGGAGGAAAUGGAGUAUGAACGGAGAGGUGGCCGCGGGGACCGGACGGGCCGAUAUGGCGCUGCUGACCGGUCCCAGGACGACGGCGUGGACGGGCGGACCCAGCGAGACCACGACUACCGGGACAUGGAUUACCGCUCGUACCCCCGCGACUUCAGCAGCCAUGAGGCCGCUAACGAGUACGACUCAUCCGAGGAGCAGAGCGCCGAGGAUUCCUACGAGGCCUCCUCGGGGUCGGAGACUCAACGCAAGCGGGACAGCCCCACCGAGCCCCUGGGCUACCCCGGCGACGGGGACUACCGCGACCAGGACUACCGGCCCGAGCCAGAGGAGGAGCAGAAGGCCAGCAGCAUCGUCAUGCUGAGGAUGCUGCCCCAGUCCGCCUCCGAGAACGACAUCCGGGCCCAGCUGCAGGCGCACGGGAUCCAGCCCCGCGAGGUGCGGCUGAUGCGGAACAAAGCCUCAGGUCAGAGCCGCGGCUUCGCCUUCGUCGAGUUUAAUCACUUGCAGGACGCUACCCGAUGGAUGGAAGCCAAUCAGCACUCCCUCAGCAUCCUGGGCCAGAAAGUCUCCAUGCACUACAGCGACCCCAAGCCCAAGAUAAAUGAGGACUGGCUCUGCAGCAAGUGUGGAGUGCAGAAUUUCAAACGAAGGGAGAAAUGCUUUAAAUGUGGCGUUCCCAAAUCAGAGGCCGAGCAGAAGCUGCCCCCAGGGAGUCGGCUAGACCAGCUGGUGGCGCUGUCGGGCCGGGAGCUGAGUCAGGGCCUCCUGCCCCUGCCACAGCCCUACCAGGCCUCGGUGCUGUCAGCAACCCAACCCCUGGCCCAGGCAUCAGAGCCCUGCGCUGAGAACGCCAACGACACAAUCAUCCUGCGGAACCUGAACCCGCACAGCACCAUGGAGUCGAUCCUGGCGGCGCUGGCCCCCUACGCCGUGCUCUCCGCCUCCAAUGUCCGCGUCAUCAAAGACAAGCAGACCCAGCUCAACCGCGGCUUCGCCUUCAUCCAGCUGGCCACCAUCGUGGAGGCAGCCCAGCUGCUGCAGAUCCUGCAGGCCUUGCACCCGCCGCUGCACAUUGACGGCAAGACCAUCAACGUGGAGUUUGCCAAGGGCUCCAAGCGGGACAUGGGCUCCUCCGACAGUAACCGCAUCAGCGCCGCCUCCGUCGCCAGCACUGCUAUCGCUGCGGCCCAGUGGGCCAUCUCCCAGGCAUCACAGGGCAGCGAGGGGGCCUGGGCGGCCUCGGAGGAGCAGCCGGCCGACUACGCCUACUACCAGCAGGAGGAGGCCUACGGCGCGGAGCCGGCGCUCUACUCCCACGCCUACCUGAAGGGCUCUCCGGCCCAGCCCGGCGCCAACGGGGAGGCCGCAGCCACGGUGGCGGAGCCGUCCCUGGAGCCUGGCGUGCCAGGCGUCGACUCGCUGCCCGUCCUGCAGAGCUUCCCCCACGCCGCCCAGACCACCGCCGUGCCCGUCGUGUAUCAGCCGCCCGGCGGAGCCGAGACUGCAGGCACCGCCCAGGGCACCGCUGCCACCGCCCAGAGCCAGCCCUACACCAUUGUGUCCCCGGCCGUGCUGAAGCCCGAGACGCCCAGCCCAGCCCAGCCGAGCGGCGCCGCCCUCCCCGCGCCCAGCACCGGCCUGCCCCUGCCCACCCCCACGCCGCAGGAGCCCUACGGCCAGUACCCUGUCCCAGACGUAUCCACCUACCAGUACGACGAAACCUCCGGCUAUUACUACGACCCGCUGACCGGUCUCUAUUAUGACCCCAACUCCCAGUACUACUACAACGCACAGAGCCAGCAGUAUCUGUACUGGGACGGCGAGCGCAGGACCUAUGUGCCGGCCUCCGACCAGGGCUCCGACGCCCACAAGGACGGCUCUGGGGGCAGUGGCAAGGAGGGCAAGGAGAAGAAGGAGAAACACAAGACCAAAACAGCUCAACAGAUCGCCAAGGACAUGGAGCGCUGGGCCCGCAGCCUCAACAAACAGAAGGAGAAUUUCAAGAACAGCUUCCAGCCGAUCAGCUCGCUGCGGGAGGACGAGCGACGCGAGUCGGCCACGGCCGACGCCGGCUACGCCAUCCUGGAGAAGAAGGGGGCGCUGGCAGAGAGGCAGCACACGCCCAUGGACCUGUCCAAGCUGGCCAGCGAUGACAGGCUGAGCCCGCCGCGGGGGCUGGUGGCCGCGUACAGCGGGGAGAGCGACAGCGAGGAGGAGCCGGAGCGGGCGUCCGACCGGGAGGAGAAGCUCACGGACUGGCACAAAUUGGCCUGUCUGCUCUGCCGCCGGCAGUUCCCCAGCAAGGAGGCGCUGAUCCGCCACCAGCAGCUCUCCGGGCUGCACAAGCAAAACCUGGAGAUUCACCGCCGCGCCCACCUGUCUGAGCAGGAGCUGGAGGCGCUGGAGAAGAACGACAUGGAGAUGAAGUACCGGGACCGCGCAGCGGAGCGCAGGGAGAAGUACGGCGUCCCCGAGCCCCCGGAGCCCAAGAAGAGGAAGUACUCAGCUGUGAUGCCCGCCACUGUAGACUUUGAGCAGCCGACGCGGGACGGGCUGGGCAGCGAUAACAUUGGGAGCCGCAUGCUGCAGGCCAUGGGCUGGAAGGAGGGCAGCGGCCUGGGCCGCAAGAAGCAAGGCAUCGUCACCCCCAUUGAGGCGCAGACCCGAGUGCGCGGCUCCGGCCUGGGUGCCCGCGGCAGCUCCUACGGGGUCUCGGCCGCCGAGUCGUACCGCGAGACGCUGCACAAGACCAUGCUGACCCGCUUCAACGAGGCUGAGUGAGGCCCCACCCCUGGAGCCUCCCCCUGCAGGGGGACCAUGAACUUUUUUUUAAUUAAAG